CACGUCCGGUACCAGACCAAUUACCCAUUAUAUAUAGGUAUCUUGGCGUCAAUGCUGAAAUCUACAACGUCAAGAUCCACAUAUUCUUCGGCGUCAAUUCGAGUUUCAGAAAAUAUAAUCCGGGUGUUGUCUUCAAUUUGGUCCGAAAAAGAAGAUAGAACUCUUGGAGAUGCAAGUCCAAAGCAUCAACGAAACCAAAUAGUAAUUAAAUUAAAGAAUUAUUUUCUUUUGCCAAUGCUUCUUCAUUUAUAAAGAUUUAAACUUCGUUUUCCAGUGUCCUUUUCCAAAUUUAUUUAUGAAUUCUUUUUAAAGUCAUAAGAUGGCUAUAAGUACCUAAUCAGGUUAGUAGUCUUUACAUUUUGAAUUUCUUCUGGAUCAUAAUAGUAAUCUUUUAAAUUUUAAAGAUAGACCUAUCAAUAGCAUGGUUUAAUAUCAUAGCAUAAACUAUAAAGUAGUGUAACAUAGUUUAAACAAUUAAGCCGCGGUGAUAGCGUAGUUUAGUUUAAUAAGUUAGAGUUAAAGCCCUAAUGUAUCUUAAAAUUAAAAGAUUAAAAGUGUAUUUUCAUAUGUUUCAUUUUCUUCAUCAUUUUCUUAUUUUUUAAGGAAUGUGCACUGUGCAUGCACCCAAACUGGUCAUCUUAAAGAUAUCCAAACCUUUUGGUGUUUUGGCCAGCACCUAAAGGUUCGGAUGGCCUCUACAAUAGUAAGAAACGUUCAGGUACUAGCAAGGAAAACAACUGCUGAUGAGGAAAGCUUGGACGAGGAGGCCGUGCCGAAGGACACCGAUCUUUGGGCAGAUGUUGAGGCCUCGAUUAGGCCAUGUGGUUGGGAGCGUUUACUUUCCUUACGAGCUGAGGCUAGCUUGCCUCUCAGUAUUGAGUUUCUGUGCUCAUUGCGGCCUUUGUUGGGGUUUGAGCGGCGAGAUGACGUGGGGAUAGCCAUGAGGCAUGACAGCCGCCUCAUUUUCACUCUUCUAGCAAUCGGGAGGCUUCUCACAUUCCUGAUGUCCAUGAGCUACUUUGGGAGACCUAGUAACAGCAAUCGGGUCUAUUCUUCUGACAUGCUCUUCUUCUGGAGCAUAGCACUUCAGCGACAGGUUAAUUUGGCUGUUUUCAUCGCCCGAUUCUUGUGGUCUCAGACAUAUGGUACGCGUAUCACGGUGGUUUAUGGCCCGUUGAUCACACUUCUUCACAGCACAUUAGACUUCAGAGAGGUCAGAUACGGAGGAUUAGACCGAGAGGGGCCAUCACCUCGACCUCAUCCUGCACCAGAGCCACAAAGUACAUUUCAGCAGGGACAGAGCUCUACUGGGGUGGAGAACCUUCAGAUACCCCUAUGGGCACAGACAUUGAGUACUCAGAUGCAGGGUCUUCAGUACCACAUGAGUGGGAUUCAUGGUAGACUGGAGGAGUUGCACACGAGGUUCACCGAAUUUGAGCAGCGUUACGAGGCAGAUAUGACCAGGCUUGUCGACCAGCAGGAGGCUCAGUGGACUAGCUUCUUCAAUAUCGGUACUCCGGUUCAGACACCAGUUCAGCACCCUUCGACUGGGCAUACUUUGACUCCUAAUGCAUCAGAUGCCGCACCCACGCACCCAAACCCACCCCGAUUCUGAUCUUUUGAUUACUUUUUUAGACUUGUACUUGCUUUUUCUUGUGAUUUGACCAGGUUGCUUGGAUGCUGGAUUUUGUUUUGAACAAUCAUUUUAUGCACACAUUUGUGGAGACAAUCCUGGGGAAGUUUACUGUGCGAUACGCCCUUUUCCCCAAAAUUUUCUUUUCUUGAUUUAUCACUGUUUCAAUCUUCAUUUUGAAUUCUUUAAGUAUUAGAAUAAUUUAAUUUGUGCAUU